GUAGUGGCUAUACAGUUGUAAAAUCUGUAGUUUUACUUCCGUCAGAGGAACACGCCCUGGGAUUAAGGUUCCCGUGGUACCCGUGCUAGUCAAAAGUGAGUAAGGGAGUGAGUUUAGUUUUACGCCGCUUUAAGCAAUAUUCCAGCAACAUCAUAGCGGGGGACACCAGAAAUGGACUUCACACAUUGUACCCAUAUGGUGCUAGUCAAAAGGAUAUGCGUAUUCUUUCUGUGUUUCCCAUCUAACGCCCGAGUUGAAUUUUCAAUCCGUGAAAUUUAAACAAGUCUUCUCAUCUCAAUUUUCUGUGGAAAUGUACUCCCAUUUGUGAUGACAUCAUUCUCCUCGUUGUAUUUGUUUUUCCGCUGGGUGAGGCUGGAGAUGAGAAGCACAUACGAGAGUACCGAUACCCCGAGAGUUACACCGUACGUGCUUCCAGAAAAGGAGAGAUGCUGACACUAUGGACUUCCAGCACCAACCCAAGUGCUCGGAAGAGGGGAAGCCAUACUACCGAGCUGAAGAGACGGAGCUGGUGAUUGGGCAAGCUGUGGACGGCCCUGGGGUCAGAUACCUGGUGGAGGUCAAGGCCGAAGGGUACAGAUGUAAGGAAGAGCCUAACGAUAUCAUGGUAUCAGGACAAACCAACACCCUCCGCAUGGACCUCCCUGUCUUCCAGGGAACGACAAGUUCUACCCAGUGUACAUUCCGGCUGAAGGCGACUGGAGCAGACAGCCUCGUCAGUUUAACGUUUAAGGACAGCAACCUGGUCCGAAGGGCAGGGGUACAGUGCAGCGGCGACUACUUCGUGGUGUACGACGGAUACAACCGGUCGUCACCCCGACUCGGGGAAUACUGUGGUCAGCGAUUCACUCGGCCGCCGGUCUUCUCAAGUACAUCUGCUUACCUCUUUGUGGAACUCGUCGCCUCAACAGCCGGGCACUUCGUUCAUGUCACGUGGGAAUACUCCGCAGUGGAAGACAACAGGUGCUUCGGGACUACGGAUCUUGAAUCAUCGGGGAGAGACCAGUUCCUGGAAUCACCAGGUUAUCCGACUCCCUAUGCAAGGAAUCUGAGUUGCGUGUACCUGGUCACCUCACCGGGUGGUCACGCCGUCAUCCUGGAACUGCUCGACCACUCCCUCCCUACUGACUGUUCUGACAACAUCACCGUGUUUGACGGUAACAGCACGACAAGCCCCGUGUUGGCGACCUGGUGCACGUCCAGUAACACCACCCUGACCAGCUCCAACUCCGCUGUACUACUCAAGUUUACAUCUAGCCCUCUCUCCGGAACUAGCAGGUUCAGGGUCAGAUAUGUGGACGACGUACCUAAGUUUGCUUCCCCUGAGGACCCCCGCGUCCUCCCCGCUAUAGCAGCAGUGGUGGGACUCGCCAACAGCGUGGGGUUGGUGUUCCUUGUGUCGGCGACCUGCUGCUACUACAGGAACAAGGCCCAGAAGAAACAGAUGGUGAUAGAGAAACACCUGGAUCUGCCAGACGAAGAGACGAAGGAAUCUCAACAAUAAGGAUAUAAACUGUAUAUCUAUGUAUAAACUGUGUUUGACAAUCUUUGACUUGGUGACUCUAACAAGUAAAGUAAAGGAAAUGGAGCACGUUGAUGUCUUAAUGAUAUUUGACAUUAUCAGGAAUAUAUCACUUUAUGUACAGUCCAUGAAGUUAUUGUUGCUAUGACUGAACUGUAGUUGUCAGUGCCAAACUCAAUAUAUAUAUUUUGUGCUUCGAAUAACACAAUCACAUCCAUUGAUGACAAGCUUGUGCUAAUGACCGCAUUUAUUCAUGUAUGUUCUCAUAAUGUGUUCAUAUGUCACGAAUAUCCCCAUAUUUACAUGGAUUCUGAAUGAUGCCAUGGCACCCUGAUCAGAUCUUCCAAGUGUGAUGGUAUUGGAGAUCAUUAGUGACAUGGAAUCGUCAGUGAACCAAUGCAGCUUUAAUGUACUUGUGUUGGUACUUCGUGUCUUCCUCUGAUUAGUUCGUUCGUUCGUCAGUGACAGUUUCAUGCUACAGUGAACAUUUUCCCAGCGAGAACCUUUGACUGUGUUUGCCUUUUGGAUAACAGCGUUAUCAUCUACGCAGAAACAUCGCAUACAUGGAAAUAAAGAACUUGCAUAUCAUA